AUGGAGGAACGAGCCAAGUAUGACGACGACAGGCUGAGCGCGCUCCCCGACGACGUCCUGCUCGCCGUCCUCCAGCUCCUCGACGCGGGCACCGCCGUCAGGGCCGGCGCUCUCGCGAGGCGAUGGAGGCACCUCCGCUGUCUGCUUACCGAUCUCACCAUCGACGUCGCCGACCUGGUACCACGUUCUCCGGACCCCUCCUCUCCUUGUCAGACGGUACACGAUAUGAUGACGGCCUACACCGCCGCCACGGCGUGGUUCCUCACCCCGAACAAGCAACGGAGCAUCAAGAGCUUGCGCCUCACCUUCUACCUCGUGGACUCUUACCUGCGCUCCAUCGGAGACGCCGUCGCCAAGAGCGGCGGGAGCGCGGCCGGGCCCCUGGAGUUCACCAUACUGGCGGACGUCGACGUCCUCACCGUCAACGACGCGGAGCGCGCCAUGCUUGCACGGCGCUUCAUGUCGUUCCUCGCCGCUUGCCCCGUCGCCUUCAGUGGGCUCACCAGACUCUCCCUGCAGAACCUCUGCUUCGGCGACUCCGAUAUCUCGGAUCUCCUCGGCACCUGCAGUCGACUAGAGCUGCUCUCCUUGAGCCAGUGUGGCUCUAGCUCCGAAGACAUGCUACUACGCAUAGACGCUCCGACAUCUUCGUUCCGGACCUUGGAAAUCCGCGAGCCUUUCUUCCAUGGAGUCGAGCUGACCAAUGUGCCGAAACUGGAGCGGCUUUUCUGCGACGAAGACGUCGUUAGCUUUCACGGGAGCUGCCCAGCAGUGCGGUUUGGACAUGUUCCUUGCCUUGAUGACGUAUACCUCUCAACGAUACAUCUGCGUUACUACUAUGAAAAUCCAAGAGAGCUCUUCCCCGCCUUCAGUAACCUCAGAGCUAUUUAUCUCAACAACUUGGGAACUCACAGACUGGUGGGGACUCUUUUCAUCCUACAAGCCGCACCUUUGCUGAACAAACUCUCUAUUAAGCUAUACCAGCCUUUUUUUAUUCCCCCGGAUCGCUAUGACUACAAUACCAACACGGAGGGGGAAACACCAAAAUUUGAGCAUCGCAACUUGAGCUUCCUGGAGUUGAAAGGCUAUGCUGGGCUUAGAGAAGACAUCAAGGUGGUGCGAUACAUCUGGCUCGUCACGGAGCGUGCCGCGUGCCUGAAGAAAAUCCACUUACUUGAACAAUGUCCGCUUCGAAAUUGCUAUGGUGCUAGAUGUGCAUGUCAUGUCGAUGAGCCACAUACGACUCUAUUAAGCGAGGCACUCUCUAGUAGAGCAGCUUCGUCUCCAGAGAUAACCGUAGAAUUAAUCAAUGUCCCAUGUUGA